CUCCUUCACCCCUACGCUAGGUAGACAAUGGAGGUGACGCUUUCUCUCUAUCACCUCUUAUCCUUCUGGCGCAGGAAGGGAGGGGGGAAUAUGAUGGGAUGGUUGGUCCCCCCAGAGAGCACUUUGUCCGCUCCUCUUCAUUUCUCUUUGUUUCUCCCGUCCCAACCUCUCACAGACCUCCGUGGCCUGGCGCCGAUUUAUUCGCUUGCAUCCCUCUGGCAGAUGUCUCACGACUUGCUUCUCGUAUUAUUAUUCUUAUUCUUAGUGUCUCCUUGACCUCCCUCGUGCAUCGCCCGCUCUCCUUUGCGCCCUUUUCUCCCGGUCCCCACCCAUUCUUUUCCCCGGUCCACUGGGCGAUGGAGCACCACCUUUGAUGCGCUGGCAGCCAUGAAACAGGCAAUUGAGCAGGCAGGGUCCAUAUUCACUGGCUGGAUAUCUUCCUGCUUGUCCUGCCUAAGCUCCAAGGGCGAUAAUGAGAGCUUCCAUCAUCAACAGGCCAUGAAGCAGAAAGGUGCCGAACGAGAAAUGAAAAUAUGUCACACUCAACCUCAUCUCGUUCCUCCGAUGAACCUCGCCGGCGACGAUGACCUGCCCAGUCCAGGCCCUCCGCCCCGCGUGUCAUCCUUACAGUCGUGGGUGGUGGAAGGCAAAGCCCGAGCAUCGCGAGCAUCCAACCGAGCGAGUAUAUCGCUCAAAAGGAGGUCAACUGCCCCGGUGAGGAUCAGUGCACCGUCAGACUUCAGACGGGUGUCGAUGUUCCUGACUGAACCGGAUGGCUACUGUCCCCUCGAGUUGAGCUUCACUUCCCCAGGCAACCGACUCCCGGAUCUUCCCAGGUUUGACAGCUAUGGACUCGACAUCACGCGGCCCCCAAGAGCCCUAUCGUCCGCUGAGCUGGGUCGUGCACCCCAUCCACGCUCUCAUCGGCCAUCUUCUUCCUUCCAGCUACUGCGGAAGCCGGUCGGUUCGGGUUCCCGUCGAUCCUCGUUGGGUGCUCAAGAACUCCUGGAGAAGCACACGUCCACCACCAGCCCUUUGAUCCCUCAUUUCUCAACGCGUAGCUCUGCGGUUACUGGCUUGACCGCAAGUAUGAUCUCUACCACCACUCCCAGGCCGCACUUCAGCGGUGGCUACGCAUCCCAGGUUAGGAACGAGCUCCGUCGGGAUACCAAUGAAACGGCUACAUCCACGGUCCCUAGAACUCCCACCAAACCCAACCUGCAGGACAGGCCCCUACCUUCUAUUCCGACCGAGGACUUCCCUUCCUCGGGCAGUACUUACCAUCCACCUACCACUCCCUCAGAAAGUCGUCCCCCAACCACAUCUUCUGAGAAUCACAAUCGAACUCCAACCCGUUCGGGACGCGUUACUCAGUGGCUUUUUCAGACAAACAGCAAGCCCAUCCCUUUCUCACCCAGCCCAGGCAAGCCCAGCGACAAGGGUCCCUUUCGCAUUCGCACGCGGACACUGAGUGGAUCUACCCUGGCAUCAUCCAUCACCAACCUCACUGGUGGUCAGAAAAUCACACCUUCUCUCGCCAGCGGCAUGACAGUAGCCCCCACCAUGCGAGCAUCCAACGCCGAUACGCGGGACUUUGACCUCCCUCUUGGCAGCCCAUUCUCACCCAAACAGACCUUUCCAUCUGUGACGGAAGAGCACACUUACCCCACGAUACAUGAGGGAGAGCAGCAGCAGGAACAUGAAGACUUUGAAGACUUGCGUGCCCAGUACUACGAGAACUAUCGUCAAUCCGCUGUUGGCCUAGCAUUCUGAUCCCUCAUAAAAGAAUGAACCCUUCUUCUUCGCUACACUCAUUUCGUUCAUGUUGUUCUUCAGCUGAUCCCUAUCCUUACCCAACGGCAUUGAUACUCAUCACACCAACCUAUCUGUUCCAAUAUUCGUUCCUUACCAUGAAAGUAUACCCCUUCCCAGCCUUAAUGACCAACCCAAUAUGGAAGCAGAACCCCAAAAUCAGACAUAUAUGCACUCACCCUUGCUAUAUACUCCCCAGCAACAGGAACAGCACUAUAUACUUGAUACCCGUCUGACAAUUCACACACAUGCUUUCUUCCCCCUAUCAGCCAUCUAGCUAGAUCUACCCCUCAAUCAAAUAAACAUUCCCCAACC